GACCAGACUUUUUCCUCAGCUUGCAAUGAGCGGAAAUCUAUUCAAUGGUCUCUUCUGGCUGCUUGUGCUGGUCUUUCUGUCCUGGUGGAUAGCCUGCUUGUGCUUCUUCCCUUAUGUCGUGGUGAGUGUGCUGACACCAUGCUUACCAGCACUCAAGCCGUUGUCAGACAUUCUCUUGAAGGGGGUAUCAUUCCCCUUCAUGUGCUCUGACAACAUGGUAAAUCAACGCUCUUAUAAUUCAUACUAAGGAACGGACAAGUGCAACAGUUAAGUACAUGUGCUUUAUGAUGCACAACAUCUGAAUCAUGAAUCAGAACAGAAGGGCAGAUUGUCUAUGGAAUCUGCUAAAGGUGCAAAAAAUGCUAAAAUUGAAACCAAGUCAUUAUGUGUUGCACAAUUUUCAAUUUAGAAACUAACAGAUGAGAGAAAACAAUUAGUGCAGUGUUGGUUGUUAUUGGUUUUAUAUUUAUUGUCAAUUAAUAUUUUUACUUAUUUUUGAUAUGAAUGACUGAAAUAAAUAGUUUUAAAUUGAAAA